AUGUUGAAACCGAUUGAGUUGCCGAAGGUAUCCAUCAACGACACACCAUAUGGAGCACUUAUACAGUCCAUUCGUAGGAACACAGAAGCGUCAAGAAUCUCAGCCUUGGAAGCAGCAGCUGCUGCUGCCGCCCAGUUCCCCCAAGAUGACCAGCAGACCCCUGCAGUUGUCUCACACUCAGUUAACCCUCCGCCACCUGGGACAGAGCCUGUCACAUUACCGACCAGCGCACUCAAUGGACAGGCAUUUGUUGAGCAGUUGUACAGUCAGCCGCCUCCUCCUGGGACUGAGGGUGAUGAUAGUUCUUACUACACAGCCUCGGAGCGGAAGAGGAGAAAACGUUCCUCUAGUUCAGAAAGUUCUUCAUCAUCAUCUUCUAGUUCAUCUCGUAGCUCAGGGUCAUCUGGGAAGAAAAGAUUACCUCAGAAAACGAAAGAUGAUCCACCACCCAGAGUUGAAGGUCCCAGUCCGAUUCAACUGCCUCCACCAGAUGUGCAACCAAUCAUUGACCGCAUGGCCAUGUACGUCGCCAAAAAUGGAGUGGAGUUUGAAAUGGUUGUCAUGAACCGAAAGGAUCCCCGUUUCCAGUUCUUGAACGAAUACCAUGUUUACUUCCCCUUUUACAGACAGAUGAAGGAUAAGUAUCUUCAGGAGUUCGACAGGCUACGUGCAGAGGCAGAAAAAGAAGCUAACGAGGACAAGCUGGGAAACAACAGUCAGAGAAGUGUUAGCUUUUCCAUCAAAGCCCGACAGAGGGACCAGGAGGGUGGGCAGCCAUCGGGCAAGGCCAGACUGUUUGAGUAUGAUAGUGAAGAGGAACGGCAGGAAGGGGAAACCACUGCAGAAGUGACAUCAGGGACAGCAACUCCACCAGUGAAGACACAGAUUGAGGAAGAUCCACAGAAAGAAA